UACGGAGUCUCACAGCCCGAGAGCUGCACAUCUGUACCGGGGCAAUCGCUUAAAAACCGCUGGGAAUUGCACCCUCCAGACGGACAGGGCUCUUAAACAUACCCAGGGCUGCUAUCCAAAGAGCCUUCAGCGUGCCGUGAUCCCAGACAGACAAGCGCAAAGAUGCCCGGCUGGUCAGGAAACUGGAAAAUGAAACACUCUGAGAAUUUCGAGGAGCUGCUGAAAGCUUUGGGUGUCAAUGUGAUGCUGAGGAAGAUUGCCGUGGCUGCGGCGUCCAAACCAGCAGUGGAGAUAAAGCAGGAGGGAGAGUCCUUCUACAUCAAAACCUACACCACGGUCAGGACCACCGAAAUAAAUUUCAAAGUUGGGGAGGAAUUCGAGGAGCAGACUGUGGAUGGCCGUCCUUGCAAGAGCUUAGCCAAAUGGGAAAGAGAGAAUAAAAUGGUCUGUGAACAAAGGCUUCUGAAAGGCGAAGGCCCCAAGACUUCCUGGUCAAGGGAACUGACCAACGAUGGAGAGCUCAUCCUGACUAUGACUGCCGACGAUGUUGUCUGCACACGAAUUUACAUCAGGGACUGAUGACACCUAAGACCACCGAUCUUCUUCCGAGAAACAUCUGAAUCUUCAGGAAUGACUUCUUCUAAAGCAGAAAGUAUCCCUUACACAGCAUUCACCCAGCCAUACGUGAAUUCUUACGUCGUUAUUGUCUGAACCAAAACAUCCAUUUAUUUCAUUUUAAAUCUGAAUGUCCACGUCCGUCCUGAGCAUCACUGUAUUUGUGAUGGAAACGUGAAGGUGUCGACCAAAACCAAAUUGAUAUGCUAGGCUGUAUUAUAUUGUGUGUUAAUAACUGUAGAUUGCUCUUGGACUUCGUAGUCAUUUGUUAUUGUGAUUCCGCAGACCAAUUUAGAA